UCAAAUUUAUAUUUGUUUCUUGCCUUUCUCACACGUUUCCUGGCGUUUCAUCCAAGUGGCAGAAUCCACAAAAUUUUAUUUUAUUUUGAAAACGCUGCGCUAAUAAUUUCAAAAUGAGUAACAAAAUGAACAAAGUAAAACUAUCUAAAGGUAUCCUCGAGAUGAAAUUUAUGUCCCGAACAAGGGAAAAGCUGGAAAAGGAAAAGGAUGAUGCCGAAGGGAGGGCCCUGUAUUCCAAUGAAUUCACCGACAAAAUGCUGCACGAGUCGUCCAAGUACAUAAUCGAAACCAGCUACGUCCCGUGCGAAGACCUCAUCGAAGGGCGGAUCAGUUACGGCGGAAUGAAUCCGGAAAUCGAACGCCUCAUCGAGCUGGAGAAGAACAAAGAUUUGGCCGAACAAGUGGAACGGGAACGAGCGGAGGCCGCCGAGAGGCAGAAGAUGCGUAUGGAUGUACCGGACGCAGAGAUGGCCCAGUUCUACACUAGCGUCAUGAAAUCGAUGAAGAAAAAGUACGAGAAGGGAGGCAAGCGGCAAUCCAGCAUAUUGCCGCUGAACAUUAAGAGGAUGGAGAAGCCAAGGGACGACGAUGAUUGAAAAUAAAAUCAUCUAAAUAAACAUUAAGCACUA